AUGAAUAAAAUUGCGAAUAUUAAGACCUUAACUCAUCAAGAGGAAAUUGAACUUUUACGGCAAGCCAAAGAAGGUAAAACUAGGCAAGAAAGGGCCAAAGCUACUCGUUUGUUAAUCUAUUAUAAUCGAUCCUUUGUUAAAUACUUAGUAGGUGGUUAUUAUUAUAACGAAAUUAACUCGGAGGAUUUAGUAGCCGAGGGAAGUAUUGGUUUACUUCAAGCUAUCAAAGAAUUUGACCUUUCCCGGGCGGAAAAAUACCGUUUGGCUACAGCUCAAAAAAAACCGGAAUUUAUUGAAGAAGAGGAAGUUGAUUCAUUAGAGGAGGAAAAAAAACUUCCGCCAAAAAGCGAACAACAAGUCGAACAACAAAUCCAAUACGAAGAAAACAAAAUAAAAGUUAACGAAUUAAUUUCCCACUUAGCGUACCAUGAAGAAUUAAUUAUUCGGCUUUUUUUUGGUAUAACCCCUGCUAAUUUAAAGCAAAUCAGUCGUUUAGCCACCGACGAAAAAGUCAAAGAACUAAAAAGAAUCAAAAUGAAAAAAAAUACUCUCUCGGGGGAAGAAAAACCUCAUCCUUUACUAGAAAAAUAUCGAGAAAUUUUAACUGUGCCGCGUAAAAAAGAAGAAGUCGUGCCAGAAUUUAUGC